CGGGCUCUGCGUCAAAAGCCCCAGAGCCUUUGUUUGCUGGGCGGGGAGCAGAGUAAAGCGCAGAAGUCGGAGCCUAGGGCUGUGUAGACUCCUGGCGCUAUGCGGUACCUACCGUGCCUGUUGCUGUGGGCAUUCCCACAGGUCUGGGGACAGUCUGAAGGCCAGCAAAAGAAUUACACCUUUCGCUGCCUGCAGAUGUCUUCCUUUGCCAACAGAAGCUGGUCCCGCACAGACAGCGUGGUCUGGCUGGGGGAUCUGCAGACACACCGUUGGAGUAAUGACUCAGACACCAUCAGCUUCACGAAACCGUGGUCCCAGGGCAAGUUCAGUAACCAGCAGUGGGAGAAGUUGCAGCAUAUGUUUCAAGUCUACCGAGUCAGCUUUACCAGGGACAUGCAGGAAUUAGUCAAAAUGAUGUCACCUAAAGAAGACUAUCCCAUUGAGAUCCAGUUGUCUUCCGGCUGUGAAAUGUACCCUGGGAAUGCUUCAGAGAGCUUUUUACAUGUAGCAUUUCAAGGAAAAUAUGUGGUGAGAUUCCACGGAACCUCCUGGCAGACGGUCCCAGGCGCCCCGCGUUGGUUAGACUUGCCCAUCAAAGUGCUCAACUCUGAUCAAGGGACGUCAGAAACGGUGCAGAUGCUCCUGAAUGACACCUGCCCCCAGUUUGUCCGUGGUCUCCUAGAGGCAGGGAAAUCAGACCUAGAGAAGCAAGAGAAGCCAGUGGCCUGGUUGUCCAGGGGCCCCAACCCUGUACCUGGCCAUUUGCAGCUGGUGUGUCAUGUCUCUGGCUUCUACCCAAAGCCUGUGUGGGUGAUGUGGAUGCGGGGUGACCAGGAGCAACAAGGUACUCACAGAAGUGACAUCCUGCCAAAUGCUGAUGAGACAUGGUAUCUUCAAGCAACCCUGGAUGUGGAGGCUGGAGAGGCAGCUGGCCUGGCCUGCAGGGUGAAGCACAGCAGUCUAGAAGGGCAGGAUAUCCUCCUCUACUGGGAUGCCAGACAAGUAUCCAUGGGCCUGAUCUUCUUGAUAGUAGUAAUGCUACUAGUUCUAGUGGCGGGCGCUGUAGCCUACUAUAUCAGGAAAAAGAAAAGCUCCUAUCAAGACAUCCUGUGACUCCUCCUUAGACCUGCCUCUCCUGAAAUUCAGACUUUCCAGGAUUUAGGACUUCGGUCCUGGUCUACUCAGGAACUGAGAGUGAAAGAGAGGAAUCCUGAGAUGUGAAGAGCAACCAGUAUAUUCUUUUUUAACAUUAAUUACAAGGAAUUAAUUAUUUAAAUUGUUUUAUAAGUUUGCGUAGUUCAGAACAAACACAACUGCAAAUGUGUGUACCUGCCAGAAACAAGCUGUGAGCAGUGUUUUAUGGGAUUUGCACUGAACUAGAAAGCACCCUUCCUGCCCAAACAGACACUCUGGGGUUUGUUGGCAAGUGUAAAGUCCAACACCAACAUGGCUGUACUUUGUAUUUUUCAAGAUAACUAGAAAAAUGGAUUUGUGUGUGUGUGUGUGUGUGAGAGAGAGAGAGAGACAUACAGCUUUGGGGUUUGUUGGCAAGUGUAAAGUCCAACACCAACAUGGCUGUACUCUGUAUUUUUCAAGAUAACUAGAAAAAUGGAUUGUGUGUGUGUGUGGGGGGGUGACACACAGAUUUUAAAAAGUGAACUCAAAUAUUUGCAAAUGUUUGCUACCUUAGAUACAAACCUGCUGACUAAUGAUAACUCCGAGGGCUUCCAGUUUGUGGCUCUUUUAAAAAUGUUUGUUCUAAAUGCCAUAAUGACCAUUUUAGGACACAGUCUCUAUGGAAAAUUUGCAUUAAUGACUGAAAGGUAUUUUCUCUUUAAAAUAAAAUAGGAUGUAACAUGAAAA